AUGGCACGCCAAAGCUUUGUUCUUGCUUUGGUCUUAAUCGCUCUUGUCGGGUUGGUUUCCGCCGCCAAUACGGCUUCUAAAGCACCAUCUUCAGUCCCAGUACCCGAUGAUGAUACCAUCGGCAACACUGAUGAUGGAGCAGGUGCAUCCUCCCCUGGUGCUUCUAAUGACGCUGUUGCUGCCCCUCUUGGCAGUGAGCAGGAAGCUAAAAGUAUGGCUCCUGCUCCUUCUAGUGAUGCAACUACCACAGGUGUCUCCGCCGUUGGGGCAGCUGCUCUCACUGGGGCAGCUGCCAUUGCUACCUACUUCGUCUUCUAA